AUGGAAGAGAACAAAGAGAAAACAAAAAGCCUUGAAAAACCGGCAAAACUCAAGCCAGGACGAGUACCCGACGCCGUCAAGUCCCAAAUAGUGUCAUGGUCGUCUUUGAUGACCAACAAGAAGUUUUCUAUUCACCAAAAGAAGGAAAUCGUUCAGUUACAUUUGGAGAACCCUGAACUUGGAUACAAAAAGCUGGUUAAAAUAAUCCCUGAGAAACUUGGCUACACAAUUUCUCGAUCCUCGCUCCGCCUUAUUCUCAAGAACAAGCAACUGCUGUUGGAAACAGUAACAUCAGAAAGGUCAACGAGAAGCAAUUUCAUCAGCCCAAUUAUGAAUUUGUUCCGAAAGACCGUCGUGGCGAAGAUAAAUGCCUUAGAUACAAUUGCGACAAAUUCUGAAAUAAAGAGCAUCUGCCUUGAAACCGCGAAAGAAGAGGAGUUCAAAGAUGAUGCUAAAUUACGGAAAAUGACAUUUUGCGAUGACUGGGUUGGCAGUUUGAAGAAGGACUUCAAUCUCAAAUCAGCAACUGGACAGUUUGGAAAACUACGUAAAUAG